UAAUGCGUGCGGCCGACAGCCCGGCGUCGGUCCACGGAUUUUUCCAGCCGGAGCCACUUAUGCCCCGCCUGGAAACUAACGGGGCUGGCGUCCAAGAAAAUCAAUCCUGUAGUAGUGCAUGGUCGCCUCUACCGCUCGUCGGAGUUUCAUGCUCAGACCUGCUUCAGUGCCGCGCGCUCAAGCAUGAGACCGAUAAUGGGGAAGAGGCUUCGUCAUUGCCGCGGCCUACUGUACAAGCUGAAGGCGGCGAUUCAAGGGAGGUGUACGGGGGCGAGUACCAGCGCGCCGUCGAGAAGGCGAGGGAGAUCUUCUUCUCGGAUUCCGAUAUUGUUUACAACAAAUAAAAGGAUCCUAAAAAAAGCGCAACAAAAAGAACGGAUCCCCCUGUGAAGCGGCUCGAAAGAGGACACACGACUCCACCGAGAUACCCAUCGAGCAAACCCUAGCCAUCCGACCGUGUCGCCAUGGCCAUGCGCGCUCUGCUCCCCAAGCUGAGGAUCCCGGCGGCCGCUUCCCGCCGGACUCUCCCACCGUUUCGCUCUUCAUCCACCGCCUCUCAGGAUAAGCUUGCAGCCGUCAAAGAACGCUCUCCACAACUUUAUGACGACCUCUACUGGAAAAAUGCUUGUGAACGCGAGGACAGGUUCGAGAGGAAGAUUUUGUUUUAUCAAGUCAUUUUCAAUUUCAUCGCAUUCAACACAUCAUCUUAUCUUUUCGGCUCUUCCAGCGAGCAGGACUAAGAGGAGUAGUGUUAAUUAAUAUUAAUUAAUUAAUAGCACUUUGAGUAAUUAUGUGGCAUCUCUUGUAGUAGCACUUUAUUUAUGAUAUCUAUCUGCCCCCUCUCUGCAUGUAACAACACUUUGAAUGUUAUCAGUGUGCCCUGAAACAAAUGUAGCGAGCAGGACUAAAAGGAGCAGUGUUAAUUAAUAAUAGGUAAUGCACUUUGAGUAAUUAUGUGGCAUCUCUUGUAGUAGCACUUUAUUUAUGGUAUCUAUGUGCCCCCACUCUGCAUGUAACAACCCUUUGAAUGUUAUCAGUGUGCCCUGAAACAAAUGUAUGGGAAGCUAACAAUUUUUUUGCCAUAGAAA